AUGCUGCCCUUCGUUUUUGUCGCCCUUUCAAUGGUGGUGGUGCCGGUGGUUCGCGCGGGGAUUGCAGCGUCGUCAUGGAGGGAGCCGUCAUUCAUCUACGCAAACACGCCGCGCACACACCAGGCCUUCGCAGCGCUCAUCCAAGCAAUGUCGGUCUUACACACCCCGAAUCUCAAGUACGACGGGCAGAACUACGAGUGGUUCGCGCAUGUGAUGGGACAGAUGGCGGAAAGCGACUUUAUCGGCAACGGCACGGCCCCGUCGACGUCGUAUGAGGCGGCGCUGGCGGACUACUUCCGCCUCACGGUGAAGGACCGGCCGAGCUUCCAGGACCAAAAUGUCGAUUAUGCGUUAGCCUGGGGAUACGCCGCUGCCCGCGCAUAUUUCACGCUCAACAACGCCACGUUCUUGUCUUACGCCGUCCAGUCUUGGGAGUGGGCGAAUACACUUACCAUACCAGCCGCAACGACGAAGUUAGGGAGCAAGGCGCCGGUCAUGGCAGCUACGUGCUCCAAUGUCUCGAUGGCGGGUGGUACUUUCGCUAGCUCCGCUGCCUCUUCUGCCCUUGUUUCAGCUCGGUCCACGGCUUACUUCUCCCUGCUCUCUGCCAUGCUCGCCCAAGCCACUUCGAAUGCUACGUAUCUGACCGCGGCUGUCUCCUCCGCGACGUUCAUCUACACGCAACUGUGGGACACGCAGAACUCGGUCCCGUUCACCUCGCUCGCGGCAGAUUCAUGCGCCGUCGUAGAUGCGAGCCUGAACUCGUACAAUGCCGGAUUGCUUAUCGAAGCUCUCAGUGUUAUGAGCGCCAUCACCGGGAAGGACGAGCGGGUGGGGAAACUAGUCGAUGCGCUGAUCAUCUCCGUGUUGGGAUAUGGAGGCUGGCAGACGGGGCAGGGCAUCCUUGCGAAUGGCGCCGAUAAACUCGGAGACGGCCUCCUCGCGCGCGCAUUGGCCUGGGCGUAUGUCUAUGACGCCCCGACUGCGGGCACGAAGGGCUAUGCGCAUGAUUACCUCGCGGUGCAGUACAAUGCCUUGCUUGAGCUCGCUACCUCCAACACCACAACGCCUGCCGCUGGCGCGACGUCCAACGCGACGAAUAUAUACGCUGGGCAAUGGACCGGUCCACCGCCCGCACCCCAGGCAGCCGUCUCGUUUGCUAACCAAACCAACGCUGUCAACCUUCUCUAUGCUGCCUCGUGGAUCGAUUUUCCGAGGAGCCCCGCGCCGCCGACCGUCACCUUGGCGCUAGACAAUGGAGCGUUUAUCUUCCCGACGCAAAGCCAAGGUCCCGGUGGCAGUCCGUCGCCUCCUGCAAUCAAGUCCCCAAAGCCCACAUCCCACAUCGGAGUUAUCGUCGGCGUCAUCAUCGGCGCACUCGUCGGCCUUGCGGCCAUCACCGGGGUCUUGUACAACUGUCUUCGUCGCAGAGCGCGCCGCAACACGGGACGUCGCAGUGAAGACCCGCAAAGUCCCUCCUACAUCCGGCCGUUCACCGACAGACGAUGGUAUUCGGACGAGCACGAUCCAGACACCACGUCCCUGAUGGGACCAGGCGUCGUUCCGCCAACCCCGUGCCCGAUCCACGACCUGUAUGCGUCAGGUGACCGGCUCAGCGCCUCCCAUGGGCGGACGCAUUCGCAUGGCACUUCCGACGUGCCGGACUCUCGGUCGAGCUCGACUCUAUCUGCUAGCUGCCCACAUUGUGUCUAUCAGCAGCAGCACGCUGCGCGCCCGGCCUCGGGGUGGCUUCGGAAGAGUGCCGCUGCCCCGGUGUUGGCCCCGGUGCGGCGGCAAAGUAGUGCACAGACACACGAGGUUCAGAGGAGAGGUGUGUCGUUUGCUGACGGGAUGGAUGUGGAGGAGCCGCCUCCACAGUAUGCUUGA